AGGUCCGUAGCCCUGGCUCAAGCCGCUUCGGCUCGAGCUCCCCUGGCUGCAGCCGUCGAGACCAGGGGGCCGCCCCGCCUCGCACGUAGCUCUGCCCGCCGCCCGGGCCCCGCGGCGCCGCCUGGCGGCGCGGAGCACAUGCUCGGCCGCAGGCGCGGCCGGGACGGCGGCUCCGGCAGAGCGGAGGCCCAGUCGAGCUGCCACCUGGGGCCGGCUGGGCCGCCGCGCGGCUGCAGGGCGUGGGGGCAGGUGUGGCGGUUCCUCUUCCAGAGCGGCGCGAAGGUCCAGCAGGUGGUGCGGGUUCGGUGGCGCAUCCAGCCCUGGAGUCACAGGGUGAUCCACGAUCCAGACAUCUUCAGGGAGUAGGAGUACACGCGACAGUGCGAGACGCUUGAUCUGUUUCGCGGGAUACAAUCAGCUACCGGGACCAUAAUCGUCUCGUUCAGCAUCAUUGCGUGGCUGUGUGGCUCCAAGUCGCUCUUGGGAAUGUUUGGGAACAUGUUUCCAUGUGUCGCGAGUAAGGCAAUUAUAGAGAUUUUCGCGUCCAAAAUGGAGGACAAGUUCUACCGUAUUUCCAGACUGGAAGCGUGUGUAGUGCAGAUCGUCGUCGUUCUCCUCAAUUCUGUUGUUUCUCUUGUAGUCGCAUGGGGUGAGGACGAGCCUCACCAACUGGAAAUCUUCUAUGUGGGGUACCUGGCCCGCGUGUUCGUCUGUUCCUCCUUGGGCUACGCUCGGAGCGGCGGUCUUCACAUGCUGCUGUAUGCGCUGUUCUGGGUCGUGGCGAACGUCGGUCUGGGAGUGGGUCUGCGUCGCGCGGUGGGCUCCGGCCUGAUCAUUGCCACCGUGUCCGUGCUGGUGCAUCGCAGCGUGGACGCCGCGAACCAGAGGAGCUUUCUGCUGACCCGCGAGCUCGAGCAGGCGCGCGAGAGCCUCGAGCAGGUCCUGUCGGCGCAGCACAGCGUCUUCAGCACCAUCUUCGACGCCGCGGGCGCCUGCGAUGCUGCGGGCCACAUCGUGCAGUCGACGCCGCAGAUGCUGGAGCUGCUCGCGAGGGACGACCUGCUCCACUCGAGCUUCGCGAGCCUCGCGGCGUCCCAGGAGGAGCAGAGGCGCGUCCAGGAGUUCCUCAGGACCGCCUGGAGCGCCGGCGUGGGGAGGGCCACGAUGAUCCAGGCCCGCCUGCGCCGAGGCGCGGACCGCGGCGCCGACGCGCCGCGCGGCGACGCCUUCGAGGCCAGCAUCGUCUGCGUGCGCCUGCCUGGCGCCAGCGUGGCCAGCCCGCUCUCGAGGCUGUGGGCCCACGACGGCCUCUGCCUCUGCAUCAAGGAGGUCGCGUGCGGGCUCUCCGGGCCCCCGGCCUCGGCCGCCGAGGGCGCCCCGCGCCUCCCCGAGGGGGCGGCGUCGGGCGCCGCCGAGCGGGCCCGGGCCUCCCGGGCGCGCAGCGGCGCGCACUGCGAGAUCGUGUUCGACGCGGGCACCCCCACGCUGGACGUGGUCGGCUGCUCUGAAGCCUUCGGCUGCGCGGGGCUGCUGGACAGUUGCGUCGGCAUGCUGGAGCUGGUCCCCUCGAGGUCCGCGGGCCACUUCGACAGCUGGGUCUACGACGAGGUGCAGGCUGCCGCCGUGAGCCGCGCCUCCAGUUCGCGCGUGCGCCUGCGGCGGAUGGCGUUCGACCUCCCCCCGAGCCAGGGGGUGCGCGUGCUUGCCAGGAGGACGUGGCUCGAGUUCGGGGGCCUCGAGAAGUACGCCGCGGACGUGCCCGUGAGGCUGGUGCUCUCCGGCCUCAGGGUCUGCAGAGGGCCCCUGGACUCGAUCCUGGAGCCCAUCCAGGAGAGCGGGGCGUCCCAGGACGAGCCCCCCCCGCCGCACCACGGUGGGGCGCCGCAGGAGAAGGAGGAGGAGGAGGAGGAGGAGGAGGAGGAGGAGGAGACCAGCGCCUCCGAGGACGGCUGGGCAGAGGACAGCGGGAGCUCGAGCUCGAUCUACACCUCCGCCAGCGGCCAGGCGGCCGCCUGCUACCACCCGUUGUCGUGAUGCGGGCCGCGGGCUGGAAUAUGGCCUGCCGCACGCGCCUCGGUGCCGUUCUCCCCGCAGCUCUGCCGUCGGAGCCACAAGAGGUCCAGCCAGCUGCUGCUGGCGCCGCGGGUGUCGUUCGCACGCGCUCCCCGCCGCCGUGCCGCGCCUGGCCGCCUCCGUCCUCCUCGCCAUACUCCACCGCUGCUCGAUCUGAAAAAAAAAAUUAUCAUGUCCCCUGACCCACAGGUUCGGGGCCAGGCCGAGGGGAGGGG